CAUUGGCAUGGCAGCCGAUCAGGCCAUCCACCGAGCUAGCAACUCGGCUAAAAUCCACCUCGGAAUACCUCCGGCACAUCGCACCAUCUGCUGGAUGGCCAUCGGAAAUUCUCCCCGGUCAUCUUGCCGGCGGACUAGCUAGGUACACAUAGUGCCCCUCACAUAGCGCCCCUGCCUCUCUUCCUCACUUUCUCUGCUGGGAUGAGUAUUUCCGUUCGAUAAUUGCGGUCGGAGAUCCGAAAAUGGAACCAGACCGUCCGACUGCCCCUGUAUCACCCAAAUCUCCUGUCCGACGGAGGCCCCAGGCAUGCCAGAGGUGUCGCAAACGCAAGCAAAAGUGCGACCGACUCUUACCAGCAUGCACGGCCUGUGUCGAGGCUGCGAUCCCAUGCAGUGCUCGCAGCGUACCUCUAGAACCCAGCACGGAAGAAGGAAGUGGCCUUUCCCAUGCUGCAAUACCAAACUAUGUUGAGUCGCUGAAGAGAAAGUCGGAUGAGCUCGAUGGCCAGAUUCGACGGCUUCGCUCACGCCUGGGUGGCGACACGUCUGUUGAAACAACUCAUUCGCCUACUCAACACAUAGAUCCUACGCGACCGACCGACGUUUCUGAUCAAACACCGAUGUCCGAUCAUACUGAGAGGUCCGUCCAGGUUGCCAUGGGUGAGAUUGGAUUCCUGUCUCGCAAUGCUAUGGCUGAGCCACGGGACGAAACUCGGGCAUUCCCCCAAGAGGUGGCCAUGAAAAGCAUGGUUCAUGCUGCCCUGGCAGUCCCAGGCACAGCCUCGCCAUUUUAUUCACGGGCUACUCACCAUCGACUGUCCUUCAAGUCGAUAGUGGACCGCGCUGAUAUGCUGACCCAGGAUACUGCAACACCGUAUGUGGACAUUUUCCUAGAACAUCUAGGGGCUGUCUUUCUUCACAUUGAUUUGAAAGAGACAAAGGAGCAGUUCUUUGCGUUCUUUGAGAAGCCUGCCGAAGGAUCUUCUGAUGAUGCCUCCGCGACUUCCGUUUCCACCUACAGAUAUUUUCAUGCCUACAUGAUAGUGGCUAUUGGAAUGAUGCUUUCUCCUGACCAUGGUAUUCACCUGCUUGCAAGUAGCUUCCACGAUAUGGCGCGGGAAAAGCUUCCUCUUAUCAUGGAAACCUGUGACAAUCUUACGACACUUCAUUGUAUGUUAUUGUUAGUUCACUAUUCGAUGCUCAGCCCUAUUGGAGGGUCCACCUGGCAUCUGCUCGGGCUAGCAAUGAAUAAAUCUAUCUUGCUCAGGCUCCAUAAAGAACCCAGUCCAGACUCCGGCAUGUCUGCUAAAGAGAUAAGCCGCAGGAGAAAUCUGUUUUGGAGCAUCUACACGAUCGAUCGAAUCCUGGGCUGCGUGAUGGACCGGCCCUUUAGUAUUCAGGACGAUGAUAUAUCUCUCAAGGUAAGCUACUCGUGCGAAAUAGUUAGCAUCUCUGCUGAAAAAGGCCAAGUCUCCGAGCAUCAACGCCAAUCCCGAUCAUGCAUUUGGCGGCUACGUAGUUAUGCACGCUAG